AUGCAGUUUAUGGCGAUCGAGGUGCUGCAGGGCAAGGGCCACACUUAUCGGCACGAUCUCGAGUCUUUUUUCUGUGUCCUUAUAUGGAUGUGUAUUCGUUUGGAGUCAUGUUGCAUGGAUGAUGGGCAGGCCAGGCAGAGGACAAGGCCUUUGGCAACAAGUAGACUGCGGCGAUGGUAUACAGGGACAUAUGCAGAGAUUGCCGACACGAAACUUGGUCAUAUGGAUAAGAACGGGUUUGGGGGCAUUAUCGCGGAAUUUGCCCCAAAGUUCAAGCUCCUCAAACAAUUGGCUCGCGAGCUCCGAAAUGUCCUCUUUCCAAUCAGAAACGGGGCAAUCUUUACAGGAACUUUCCGCGACAAUGAUAUAAUGUACGAUGGAAUGAUCAAGGCGUUCAAUAGUGCAAUUAGGCUAGGAAAAGAGGAACAGGCAAAUGCACAGAAGAGGCAUGGAUUUGGACAUUAG